AUGUACAACACUGGUCAAUAUCUGUUGACAGCCAUUAGCAUGGACAGGUGUGUUUCUGUCGUCUUCCCACUUUGGCAUCGAUGCCACAGACCACCACACUAUUCCACCCUUGUGUGUGCCUUAAUAUGGAUCAUUGCUUUCCUGCUCACUGUAAUCAGCAUGAUUAUUUAUUUUUUAGUUAUAACAAAUCCCCUUUUCUACCUGCUUCUAAUGAAUGCUAUACUUUGCCUCCCACUCAUGACCGUUUCCACUCUGGUCCUGUUUAUAAAAGUUUACUUUAGAUCACAACAGAGGAAGAAGGGGAAAACUGUAACAGCCAUCCUACUUGCCCUCCUCUUCUUCCUCUUCUUAGCUUUCCCAUUUACUUGCAUUUCAUUAAUCCAUUUUUCCCUUGAAAGUGGAAACAGUACUAAAAUAUUUAUUGGGCUCUUAUGCAGCUACCUAAACAGCAGUGUUAACCCUUUGAUUUAUUUCCUGGUUGGAAGGAAGAAACACAGUCGAUCAAGGGAGAGCUUGAAGGUCGUAUUCCAGAGGGUUUUCAAGGAGGAGGAACAGGGAAGAGAGGAGGUAGAACUCCGGGUCAGCCAGCAGAUAUGA